AUGUCGCGCCAGGUGGAUUCUAAUAUUGCCCUUUUAUUAGAUGGACUAGGGCUGGAAGGUGAAGAAAACGAUUUUAGUGAUUUUUCAAUAGCAGACCAAAACUCAGUUGCAGAAUCCCAAGGUAUUACUCCAACUACUCCAUCAAACUUCAUACCAAUAUUAGGUCGAAAUGUGACGUAUGUUGUGGCCUGUAUAAUUAUCAAUGAACAUAAUGAACUACUAAUGAUGCAAGAAGCUAAGGAAAGUUGCGCCGGUAAGUGGUAUCUUCCUGCUGGGCGUAUGGAGAAAGGUGAAAAUAUUGUUCAAGCCGCAUGCAGAGAAGUAUUAGAAGAAACUGGCUUAGAAUGCUGCCCAAAAACUUUGUUAACUGUGGAAACUGCUGGUGGUUCCUGGUACAGAUUUGUUUUAACUGCAGAUGUUAUUGGAGGAGAACUCAAAACGCCAGCUAAAGCUGAUAAAGAAUCUCUACAGGCUAAAUGGAUUUCCAACUUGCAGGAGAUAUCAUUGAGAUCCAAUGAUAUUUUACAUUUAAUUGAAAGGGCAAAGAUGCAUAAACAAAGCCAACCAGGUAAAACAUGGCACAAAAACAUUUUGCCAGCAUUAACACCUCACAGCAAAAAUCUGAUGAGGCUGGUAAUAAUUAUAAAGAAAAGAAGUACAAAUAGAAUGCAUGUAUUGUUAAGUGAAAAAACAUCAAUUCAUUUUCCUACAUGUGAUAUUAAUCCUGCAAAGAGUGUGCACUCCACCCUUAGGAGAUUCAUGGUUGAAAUGUUUGGAGCUGAUGUGGGACAACAUCGCCCUCUGGGGUUGCUUAAUGUGGAAGCAGAUCCAUCUGCUGAUGGCUGCUGUCUUUCCCUAUUAGUUGCAUUCAGGGCUCCUCUUGAGGAAGUACCAAUAAUUGGCAAAUGUGCAUGGCAUGAAAUACCCAUGGAACUUGAAAAUAAGUUUCUACCAAUGAUAACAACAAAAAAUUCUACCAUAGAACUGCAUGUUGUUCGUUAA